AUGCUGCAGCAGCUCGAAGCGCGCGUGGCGGGUCCGUACUUUACGGGUGCGCAGAUCACGUUUGCGGACGUCGUCACAAUUCGCCUCGCCGAGUACCCCAAGCUCCAGGCCAUCGUCGACCGCACGCGUGCGCUGCCGCAGCUCCAGACGUACUUGAGCAAGUAA